ACUUUAAGUUAUUACUUUAACAGAACCAACCGUUGUCAUUAUGAAAAACAUUUCUUUAGUUUUAUUUUUGAUAUUUUCUUGGAAGUUUCUUUGCGAAGCUGAUCACCAUCACAAUAAAUGUCAACCUCCAUCAACAACUUUAUGCCCGUUCAGAGAUUGCAGAGGCAGCCCUUUCAUGAUAUGGAACCAGCAAACCUGCAGUUGUGAAGUUAAUCCGAGAACAUGUGAAUGUGAACCGACUGAUCCACUGGUUUGGCAAUGUCCUGAAGUAGACUGCGGAGACAAUGAAAAUUUCUUUUUUGAUGACUUAUCAUGCAGUUGUGAAUGCGACACAUCUAAAAUUGAAUGCAAUCUUUAUUCAAGAAUAAAUGGAGAAAGAUGUGAAUGUGAAUCUUCAACAUUUUGUCAUCCACGAAGUUGCGGAAUUGAUACUCUGAAAAGAUGGAGUAUGGAUACUUGCAGAUGUGAAUGUGAUUUGUCUAGAAUUGCAUGCCCUUCACCGUCUCGAGUAGAUCCAGAAACAUGCGAGUGCCUUGAACCCUGUCCUCCACAGAAUUGUGGAAUCAACCCAAAGUUCCAAUGGAAUCCUGAGACAUGUCAAUGCGAAUGCCCUCCUGAAAAUUGUGGAAUAAAUCCCGUUAUUGUUUGGAAUAAACUGACAUGUCAAUGCGAAUGUCCUCCUAGAAACUGUGGAAUUAAUCCAAUAUUCAUUUGGAACAGAGGCACUUGUCACUGUGAAUGUGACCCAUCACAAAUUGUUUGUACUGCAGAUUCUUAUUUGGAUCCAAAGACAUGUUCAUGUGUAAAACUUACACCACCUUGCCCACCACAGAAUUGUGGAAUUAAUCCGGAUUACGCUUGGAACCCAAAAACUUGCAAUUGCGAAUGUGCAAAGAUAUGCGAUUUUCCAUUCAUAUUAAACAAAGACAAAUGUCAAUGUUUUCCAUUUGUUAUAUUUUUGGAAAGUAUGAAUAAACAACAAAUUAAUUAA